AAAAAGCCCAAUAAUUCCCAAAAUCUAUUUCAUUACCCCCUUCUAAUUUCUAUCUCAACUCGGUCGUGGCAGAUGAUAAUGGCGUCGAAGCAAGAAUACGGCAUACCUUAUACACCUCUUCCUUCGUCACAGCCUUCUCAAACGGUCAUCGUUCUAACUCCUUAUCGCCGCCACCGUCGCCCUUCGUUCCUCCGCAGCCUCCGCUGCUCUAUCCUCUUCACCGCCGCAAUCCUCCUCCUCUCCGCCGCCGCCUACUUCCUCUACCCUUCGGAUCCAGAAAUCAAUGUCUCUCGAAUCCAGCUCAACCACAUACGAGUCCUCGAUUCGUUUAAACCCACGCUCGAUCUCUCGUUCUCGCUCACGAUCAAAGUCAGGAACCGCGAUGUCUUCUCCCUUGAUUACGAUUCGCUUGUGGUCUCGAUUGGGUAUAGAGGGAGAGAGCUAGGGCUUGUCAAGUCUCGAGGUGGACACCUUCGUGCUCGUGAUAGCUCUUAUAUUAACGCGACUCUUGAACUCGAUGGUCUAGAGGUUGUUCACGAUGUGAUUUACUUGAUCGGUGAUUUGGCUAAAGGUGUUAUCCCUUUUGAUACCAUCGCUCAGGUCAAAGGUGAUCUUGGUCUUCUUCUCUUUCAAAUCCCAAUUCAGGGAAAAGUGUCAUGCGAGGUGUUUGUUAAUAUUAACAACCAGAAAAUUUCACACCAAGACUGUCAUCGUAAGUGAAACAAAAUCCUGAGCUUGUUCAAAGAUGAAAGAGGAAUUUACCAGAGAUACAUAUGUUGAAUACGUUGUGGGUUAUGGAGAAAUGAUUUGUAAGAUUUUUGUAUAGAUAAAUACUACUGGAUUGCCAUUGCUUGGUUGUGUUAUUUCGUACGUGAACUUUUUUCUUGUCGACA